AAACCCCACCAGCCCGCACGAGAUCAUUUCGCCAGCUCAUCCGCCACCGCCCUCCCCCACCUCUCCCCGCUCCGCUCCGCUCCGCUCCCGCGUCUCCUCCACCUCCUCGUCGUCCUCUUCGCGCCCGCCCGGGGGAUCGAGCCCGCCGUCGACCCGUCUCAGGCAUACAAGCAAGGAGAAGUCAACAGGGAGGUCAUUAUGCGCCGGUGGUUUUGCUGCACGCAGUUUCAUGCAUCAUACCGUGAACAUGAAAAUGAACUCCCCAUCAGUCCAGAUGAGAAAGAAGGAAAUGGUUUUGCUGCCAAUAGCAAUCCUAUCAAAGCACCACCUCCUAUUGAAGUCCCUGAAUUAUCAUUUGAAGAACUGAAAGAAAAGACCGACAAUUUUGGAUCAAAGGCUUUGAUUGGCGAGGGAUCAUAUGGAAGAGUGUAUUACGCUAUUCUGGACAGCGAAAAACAUGUUGCUGUUAAAAAGCUUGAUGCUUCAACAGACCCUGAACUUGACAAUGAGUUUCUGACACAGGUAUCCAUUGCCUCAAAGCUAAAACAUGAUAAUUUUGUGGAAAUGCUUGGAUAUUGUGUGGAAGGAAAUCAGCGUUUAGUGGCCUAUGAAUUUGCUACAAUGGGUUCUCUACAUGAUAUUUUGCAUGGAAGAAAGGGCGUACCAGGUGCACAGCCUGGCCCAGCACUUGACUGGAUGCAGCGGGUUAAGAUUGCUAUAGAUGCUGCUAAAGGGCUAGAGUAUCUUCAUGAAAAGGUGCAGCCUUCGAUAGUCCACCGGGAUAUACGGUCUAGCAAUGUUCUUCUGUUUGAGGACUACAAAGCAAAAAUUGCAGAUUUCAACCUUUCAAAUCAGUCUCCAGAUAUGGCUGCUCGUUUGCAUUCUACUCGUGUCCUUGGAACCUUCGGCUACCAUGCUCCCGAGUAUGCCAUGACAGGCCAGCUAACUCAGAAAAGUGAUGUGUAUAGCUUUGGAGUUGUGCUUUUAGAGCUUCUAACAGGAAGGAAACCAGUAGAUCAUACAAUGCCUAGAGGUCAGCAGAGUCUGGUUACAUGGGCAACACCUCGAUUGACUGAGGAUACAGUGAAACAAUGUGUAGAUCCAAGAUUGAAGGGAGAGUAUCCUCCAAAGGGUGUUGCCAAGCUUGCAGCGGUGGCGGCACUCUGUGUGCAAUACGAAUCUGAAUUUAGACCCAGCAUGAGCAUCGUAGUCAAGGCACUCUCUCCCCUUCUCCAACAUAAGCCGCAACCACCACCAGCUGCAGCUCUUGAUGCAAAAGCACCUUCACGUGCCUGACUUUCUCAGUCCGACAAGAAUGUAAAGAGAUAACCACUUCCUCUUCGGCUGCUACAAACUUGAGGCUUUUCCUUGUCAUUACCGUGUGCUAAGCUGAGUGGCGUGUUGCCUUUUUCGUUGGCCGGGCGAGGUGUGCUUUGGUUGGCCAGCGGUCGUGAUCACCUAAUUACCGUGUUCUGGGUCUAUUCUGUAAAAUGGGAAGGUUCUAACUUCUCGUGCUUGAUUCCUUUUUGUUUGUUUUGUCUGAUUUUGAGCUGAUACGCUUCUGGCGUGCAUGCUUUAUGCUUGAGAGUUGAGAUUAUGCACAUUGUUUUCUUCUGCGGAAUACACAGUAGUAACAGUAGAGCUAGAUUCUGCACUCGGUUGUCCGCUGGACCAUCUGUCUGUCCAAGUGAAGGAACCGUCAAAGAUGUAUUCUGAAAGAUGUGCUGGUCAUAUAGUUUCAAUCGAUCAGCUGUCUGCGGCUUU